CCAGACAAACUACAAAAUUACAAUGAAAAUUGCCAGCUUACAUUCAAUUUCAAUUCAAAACGUCUCCUUCAUCUUUUUCUCUCUCCUAUUCACAUUCUCUUUACCUCUCCAUCUUCCCAUUUCUCCCCUUUCUCUCUCCUACUUUUUCUUCCGCCAUUCUUCAUUUUUUACCCACCUUCUUUCUCCUCCUUGUGCAGUUGCUGCUCUGCUCAUUUCUGGGGCUUAAGAAAAUUCAUUUGGAGGUUCCAGCCAAUUUAGUCAAAUGAUUAGAAAUUCUGGUGAUGUUCAUGUACCAGCAUUGAAUGUGAGUCACUUGUGGUCUAGCUAUUUGUUGUCGUAGAGUUAUUAUCCGUUAUGUUUAUCAUCUCCGUAAUGUGGCUUCUAAUUACAAAAAGAUUAUGCUUCACCCAAGCGAAUAUCCGUACAACUAGAAAUCUUAGAUUGGUGGUAGUUUUGAGACAUUGGUAGGCAUUUGGUUAAACAAAUUCUUUUGUUUACUCAACCACUCGUACAAAACAAAAAAUUCUGUAUGGGGCAAACCACCUUGCCCAUAUUCAUUGUACUACAAUUUUGUUGAUUAGAUUUAUGCACAAACCAUGACAUCAAUAGAGGUGGCUGUCCUUACCUGUUUGUUCUUUGAAGAAUCCCUACAAUUUAUUCAAUGAGUCAGAUUACUGGGAAUAUCAUACGUCUUCAUGUAGCUGUUCAGGGAAAGGGGUUGUUGUAUUGCAUUUUCGAUUGUCGAUUGCUGGGGAGUGGGCACAUGAUUUGAGGGUACAUAAAGGCUUGAAGAAGAACUAAGCUAGAUUCUGCUAAAGAAUAAACUAACAUAAUUUUAAGAUCUUUGUCUGGAAAUGUGCAACCUUUAUGUCAUUUGCUCUCUAUUAUUUGUCAUGAAUGUCUUUCAUUUGUAAUAGGGUUGGUGUAGAUUGUAAUGGGAUGCUUUGUUCUUCCUUCUAAGAAUGGUUAUUUUGAAGCUUCAUAAGCUCCUUUCUCCAUUAUUUUUUUCAUGGGACAUAACUUGAGGUAACAUAGGCAAGUUGCUACUCGAAAUAUAAACAUAUAUAAUCUGAACUUUUAUAAUUUGAUAUUACUUGGGAUUAUUAUGAGGAUGUGAUCCCUAGAAUAAGGUCUCUUGAAAUAUUUCAAGGGUGGAUUAAUGAAAGAAAGAAGCAAAAAUUUCGGAUUAUUCAUAUCCCUAUAAUUAAAACCCCAGAAAGGCUGGAAAAUCAUGUCAGUUGUCUUUUGUGGGAGUUGCUAAUUUUAGGAUCUGUAGCGUGGGAGGAGUGCUAAAUAUCUAUGCUAAUAGAUUCAUUCUUAUCCAUCCAGCAUGAUUGGGACAGUGGUCCCUUGAAUUAGUUCUAUAUUUAAACACAUAAUUAAAUAUCUGAUACUUGAAAUUUUAUCUUCUUUGAAUCAUUGGAUGAGCUAUAUUAGGCUUUGAGCCUCCUUGAACAUGAUCCAGCUAUGCUAUGGGCCCUUUGAUGUUAUUUAUAUAUCCGAAUUUUGCUGCAUAAUUGAUUGAAGCAUGUUAUAUCUAUAAUCAUAUGCUAAUGCAUGUGGUUUAUUUUUAAUAUUCUACUGUCUUCAUCUAACCUUUCUAUUUUCUUUUUCUAAUUGUCAAUGUGCAAGAUAUUUUUUCCAAUGAUGAUAAAUUAAUAGUCAUUUUAAAACAUGUAGCCACUCUGUUAUUUCUUUCAGGGAUAUAGUUUAUAGACUGUUAAUCCAUGGAAGUUGAAAUGCGGUAUGAUCAGAAAUGGAAAUCUAUCCCAGCUGCACCAAAAGAAGCCAAAAAUCUCAAUGGCUCUUUUGACUGCAACAUCUGCUUGGAUUUUGCUAAUGAACCUGUAGUCACCUUAUGUGGGCACCUAUACUGCUGGCCUUGUAUUUACAAGUGGUUUCAUGUUCAGAGUGCCUCUCUUUCAUCAGACGAGUAUCCACAAUGCCCGGUUUGCAAGGCUGAAAUCUCUCACACAACCGUGGUCCCUCUAUAUGGCCGAGGCCAAUCCCUGAGCAAUCCUGAGCUAGAGGCUAAGGCCUGUUCCCGGGAUAUGGGCAUACCUCCGAGACCACCAGCUUGUGGUACCCGUGCACUGUUAAAUGCCGCUGAACACCCCAAUCACCAGCUUCUCCCAUACCGAAAUCCUUAUCAACGACCCUAUGCUACAGGCUAUCUUGGGUCUGAAGAACCAAUUUCUUCCCCUUCAUCACUCAGCCAAAGGAAUGAUAGAAUUGCAAAUGUCUUUCAACCUGCUGUUGAUGGUAUGUUCGGGGAGAUGGUCUAUGCUAGGGUGUUUGGAGACUCACAGAGCUUGCACACAUUUCCAAAUUCAUAUAAUGUAGUAGGGAGCAGUAAUCCAAGGUUAAGAAGGCAAGAAAUGCAAGUUCACAAGUCCUUAAAUAGGGUUUCAAUCUUCCUUAUCUGUUGCUUCAUACUUUGCCUGGCUUUUUUCUGAUUAUAUGUACUUUUGGGCAGGCAGAUAAUUAUUUGUACCAUUUUGUAUAUAGCGGAAAAAGGUUAUUUGGCCAACAUGAUUCAUCGACAUUGCUUCAUAUACUAAAUUACUAAGAGUGUUGAUUACUGUAAAAAAUUUCGAGGUUUUACUUUGUGGUCCUUUACAAAUUACAAUGUUACAUACUACGUAGCAAUAUCAAAUAUGCUACUCCUUUUAA